AUGGAGGACUUCGAGGAGAGGGCACUCUCAUUGGCUCCUGUGCGACCGAAGAUAUUUAAAAGAUACGUAGAUGACACUUUUACUAUACUUCCAAAAAAUAGUGUUUCAACUUUCUUGGAUCACCUAAAUUCCAUCCAUAGCAAAAUAAAAUUUACUAUGGAGUUGGAAAAAUACUGUUCUCUCCCCUUCUUAGAUGUAUUGGUAAAAAGAGAUCCUGAUAACACCCUAGGUCGCACUGUGUAUAGGAAACCUACUCAUACUGAUAGGUACUUAAAUGGCAAAUCGCAUCACCAUCCCAGUCAACUUGUUACAGUAGGCAAAUCUUUGUUUCUGAGAGCCCAGAGGAUAUGUGAUGACCAGCAUCUGGCCGCGGAGCUCCAGCAUGCCAGGCGCGCGCUCCAGGCAAACGAGCUCAGGAUACCGCGGGUCAACCAGAGGUCCCACAUUAAGAUCCCCACAGUCGAGCGCAGGCCUGCCAUUCUGCCUUUUGUCAGGGGGGUCACGGACAGGAUCAGCCACAUCUUGAAGCGUGCUUCUAUAAAAACAUAUUUCAAGCCAAUGAAGAAGAUGUCACAAUUCCUGAGGCCUGUAAAAUGCAAUACCCCUCUACAGAUUGCAGGAGUGUACAGGCUGGACUGUGAGUGUGGCCUAUCAUAUGUCGGGCAGACGAAACGGAGCAUUUCCACUCGGGUGAAGGAACACAUAGCUGAUGUCAAGCACCGUCGACCUAGGUCUGCAGUCUGUGAGCAUGUCAUGGAUAAAGCCAAUCACUCAAUCAAGUUUGAUAAGCCUCUGGUUCUUGCCAAGGAGAAGCGUUACAUACCCAGAAUGCUGCGCGAGGCCAUUGAGAUUAAGAAAUAUCCAAACUUUAAUAGGGAAGAUGGCUUUUCUCUACCACCAGCUUGGGAUCCUGUAGUCCAUCUGAUAAAGGAGCAAGUG